GAUCAAAAUAAUUAUAUAAAAUAAAAUAAUCUUUGACAUUUAAAUGUUGUAUUCCUUAUUCAAAACCCUAGCCGCCUCGACUUUCUCCUCCUACUAGCUCUAUAACUCUAUCUCUUUGUUGUGCCGGGGAGAAUGGGGAUUUCCUAUCUUAUUCAUACUUGUUCAUUCUUGCAUAGUGGAUUCAACCCUAGCCUUAGAAUUUUCCUCUGCCAUCAAUCCACCGCCGGGCAUAAACCUCAUGUCGUCUUUGCAUUCAUCGGCUGUGAAGGUGCAAAAGGAAUUGAUCUAGCCGAAACCAGUGUAGCAAAGAUGAUGCCAAGAAUGCAGCGGAAGAAAGUUGAUGAAAAGAAUAUGUGCAUC